CUGUAGCCCCGCCUUGUGGCGGAGAACUGACACAACAACAUCCGCUGUGUCACUUUGCUCUCCAACAUGGCAACCAGGUGGGGAAUCUGUAGCGCGGGGAAGAUCAGUCAUGACUUCACUGUGGCUCUGAAAUCUCUUCCUCCUGAAGAUCAUCAGGUUGUGGCUGUGGCUGCUCGCAAGUUAGAGGAUGCACAGGAGUUUGCCAAAAAGCACAGCAUCUCCCGGGCAUACGGUGACUAUGAGGAGCUGGCCAGAGAUCCAGACAUUGAUGUGGUGUAUGUUGGGGUUAUCCACCCCUACCAUCUGAAAACUUGUCUGCUCUUCACAAAUGCCAAGAAGAACGUGCUGUGUGAGAAGCCGCUGGGCAUGAACUCCAAGGAGGUGCAGGAGAUCCUGGCCUCUGCUAAGAUGAAUGACGUCUUCUUCAUGGAGGCUGUCUGGACCCGAUUCUUCCCGGCCUCAGUGGAGAUCAGGCGGCUGCUGGCCCAGGGGGACGUGGGUGAGGUGAAGGUGGUGAGAUCAGAGUUUGGCGUGCCUGUGACAUCUGUGGCGAGAACGGUGCAAAAGGAGCUAGGUGGAGGAGCGAUGCUAGACCUUGGCAUAUACUGCCUGCAGUUCAUUUGCAUGGUGUAUAAUGGAGAGAAGCCGGAGUCCAUCCAGGCCAUGGGGGUCUGCCUAGAGACAGGAGUGGAUGAGACCGUGGCUGUCACUCUGAAGUUCUCCAAGAACAGGAUGGCUGUAUUUACGAGCUCUAUGGCUUUGCAAAUGCCCAAUGACGCUGUCAUUGUAGGCACAAAGGGCACCAUCAAGAUCCCUGAGCACAUGUGGUGCCCCACAUCAUUAGUGGUGAAUGGGAAGGAGACUCAGUAUCCAGUGCCAGAACCCUAUUUACCUAUCAACUUCCUCAACAGUACAGGCAUGCGUUAUGAAGCAGAGGAGGUUCGACAGUGUUUGCUCAAAGGUCUGAAGGAGAGUGCAGUCAUGUCCCAUGCUGACUCUCGUCUACUGGCUGAGGUGGAGGAUGAGAUUCGCAGGCAGGUGGGGGUGGUGUACAGCCAGGACUGCCAGUAAAUGUUGAAAAUUAAGCCACAUCAUUUUCCCUUGGACAAAUCAUGUUCGUGAUGUAGAGUAAAUUAUGUUCUAACUGCAUCUGCUAUUUCUUAAUUAUCAUUAGCUUCAUUAUGUGUACUUGCAAGUUCUUUAUAAAUCUGGAUAUUACACUGCAAAUCCUUAGAAUCUUACACAUUUUCGGCAACCUUACUUUUAAAUCUCCACGAUGUUGAACCUGAAUCCUUUACUUAAUGUCAGUGCACUGCUGUACUAUCAUUUGUUGUUUCCUUUCGUCUGUCCAGGGACUACAGAUGGAAAUAAAUAAAUCACUAAACCUUGUA